UCUCAUAGUGUAGAACGUACAUUCAAAAAUAUGCACUUAUCUCAUUUGAACUUUUUUUUCCUUCCAGUGAGUUUGUUCAGCGUACAUAAUCAACACGCUUUCGACACCGUUCGGACAGUUGCAUACCAUUGCUUUAGCUACCAACAUGUCGAAUGUGAAACUUUUGUUAACGUUAGCUUUGUUUUAUGGCGUUUUGGAUGUACGCUGUGAGUUGAGUUCCUCAAUUACAUGUGCUUCUUCAAGCGGAUUCGCCUUUGAAAUGGUAAUGGCGAAAAUGCAACUGUUGGAGCAGCAGCUGAUCGAAACCCGUCUUGAGACGGAGGAAAAGAUUACGAUUUUAAGUGCGAAAAUUGAUAAUCUUAUUAAAACCGUUGAAAAUCUGGCCUGGAUUGCACAGCAGACGGGAGAAACUGUGAACCAAUUAGAAUUAAAUGGGAGACACGUUGGACAAAAUCUCACCGUAAUAAAAAGUGAUCUUACCAAUGUUAUCGCCGAACAGAAGCUGUUGGUAACGAGCGAUCAAUUGAGGGAAUAUCUUUCUCACCGAUGUUUCAAUGGAUCGAUCGUGCCAUUCGUGAAGGAACAACGCAGCAGCAAGUACACGUCUUGCAAUAAGAUCCCUUUUCCCGCUUCUGGAGUGUACAUCAUCCAACCGGAAAAACCCUUCAAAGAACCGAUAACCGUGUAUUGUGAUCAAGAAUACGAAUCCGGAGGAUGGAUUGUAAUUCAAAAUCGCUUCGACGGAUCGACAAAUUUCUAUCGGAGUUGGCAAGAGUACAAGAAAGGGUUUGGUAAUUUCGACGGUGAGUUCUGGUUGGGUUUGGAUCGUAUUCAUCAGUUGACAGUGUCGGGUCAGCAUGAGUUAGUAGUGCUGCUGGAAGAUUUCGAUGGCAAUAAGACGAUCGCUAAAUACGAUCAGUUCGAGAUAGGCAACGAAAAUCAAAAGUAUGCGAUCACGAAACUAAGCGGAUAUUCGGGUACGGCGGGUGACUCCAUGGACAAUGCGAAAGAUAUGAAAUUUUCUACGUUUGAUUCUGAUAAUGACACGUGGAAUGAUAAGUGUGCAGUAUCUUACGCAGGAGCAUGGUGGUAUAGGGCUUGCCACAAAAGCAAUCUAAACGGCAAGUACUUGCGAGGUGAAACAAAGGAAUAUGCCUCAGGAAUGGUGUGGCAGACGUUCCGAGGGCAUCGUUAUGCAUUGAAAUCAUCGAAAAUGAUGAUAAGACCUACAACAGCGAAUUGAAAAGUAGUUUUAAAAAUACUAGUAAAUCUUAUUUUUUAAGUUGGAAUAUUGUCACCAAUUUUUUUUAAAUACUAUUUGAGCUGGGGGAAAUAUGUGUUCAAAUAAACUGAGAUUGAAAACAUUUAAAAUCUCCUCUACUUUGAAUCGAUUCAUUAUUGAAAUAUCACAAUGGUUUUUGAUAUGUCUACGUUUGAAAUUUUGUUUAAACUUUUGCGACUUCAACAAAAGUAUUAUCCUAGCUUCCGAUGACACAACAGCAGUUUUGUUGUCUAAUCGUUUCCAAGCUCCGUAGAUCGUGGUCUGAAGAUGAACACAAGAGUGUAAGAAUUCGUGGUUAGUGAUUAAUCUCCGAUCGUUUUCUCUUUAAUGCUAGCUCUUUCCACAAUCCUUAGCACAAUAUCUACGAUCUCAUCAUCAAACAACCUUAUUUGCGAUUUAUUUUUAAUUUGUAUAGAUAUGAUAAGAGUACAUAUUCGCUUUAGAAAUCUAACAUCUUCCUAUUGUUUUAUGUUUCGUACAUAUAGUAAUGCUUGUUAUAACAGCAAGGGCAUACUAUAUCCUCUUC